AUGCUUCCUCCUUUCGACUACUUCCAGUACCGUAGUGCUCGCGACUUCAAGCGCAACCAAAGAUCGCAGCGCUUUGCUUCUCUGCCUUCUAUCUACCAUGCUCCAUUCUCCGCCUUUGACCAUUCAGUGAUCGACAAGCCAAUCGAAGAGCUUGUCCAAGACGUCCACAAGGGCGCGCUCGCCCCCGUCGAUGUACUACAUACUUAUGGCAAGAUCGCCAUCAAGGCACAGGAACGAUGCAAUUGUAUAACGGAAUUGCUGAUUCCAGAGUCUGAGGAAUGGGCAAAGUCUGGGAUCAACCUUCAGGGGCCAUUGGCUGGUAUCCCUGUUUCGUUGAAAGACUCCAUCCAGGUUGGUGGCUUCGACACUUCUGUGGGCUAUACGAGAUAUACCCGUCAGCCAGCUGCAAAGGAUGGUGCCUUAGUUAGGCUGUUAAAAGACGCAGGUGCCGUUCCAUAUGCAAAGACUGCUCUUCCGAUCACACUACUCUCCUUUGAAUCUACUAAUGAUCUCUGGGGAGUUUGCCGUAACCCUCAUGGCUCUGCUUUCACUCCUGGUGGCUCUUCUGGUGGUGAAGCUGCUCUCUUGGCCAUGGGAGGCCGUAUUGGUGUCGGCUCUGAUGUUGCUGGCUCCGUCCGUCUCCCUGCUGCAUGGAGUGGUUGUUAUUCUCUCCGCUGCAGCACUGGGCGAUGGCCGAAGGCCGGCGUCAGCACUAGUAUGGCGGGACAGGAGGGCGUUCCUAGUGUUUUCAGCCCUAUGGCAAGAACACUCAAUGAUCUGACUUACUUUGCUCGGUCCAUUAUUGGAAUGGAGCCAUGGAAGUACGAUACCACAGUUCAUCCAGUCGUCUGGAGGAGCGAAAUAGAAGACGAGGCUAAGACGAAGAAGCUCCGAAUUGGUGUUAUGAGGUCGGACGGCGUUGUACCACCAACUCCUGCAGUUGCCCGUGGAAUAAACACCACAGUUGCUGCUUUGACCGCAGCCGGGCACACAAUCGUUGAGGUUAAGGAGCCAGAGACUGCUACUUCCCUAAUGGGUCUUAACCUAGCGUCUCUUCUGCUGAACUCUGAUGGUUGUGAAACGUUCAAUUCCCAUUUGCAAACGGGUGAAUCUUCUGAUCCGGGUGCUGCCCACCUAACCACUUUCUCUUGGUUUUCUUGGCCAUUCCGAUAUGCCUAUUACCUCUUUGUUCGCUACGUUAAGCGUGAUCCAACAUGGGCGUACCUUCUCCGUGACUUUGGCCUCAAAACUGCUACUCAGCAAUGGAAGCUUGUCGCCCAGCGUGAAACUUUCCGUGCUACCUGGCAUGACUGGUGGAACGCCAAGGAGCAAGACUUCGACUUCAUUCUUUGCCCUGUCAAUGCCACCCCUGCUCUCCCCCACGGCGCGAUGACUGACGCUGUCAGUGCCUGUGGUUACACUUUCUUCUGGAAUAUGCUUGAUUACUCCGCCGGUGUCAUUCCAGUCGGCCAUGUUGACGCUAAGAGGGAUGCUCUUGUUGGGCCUGAUGGCAAAAAGGGCAAGAAUGUGUACAAGCGGGUGUUGAAGAACUUGGGUGUUGACAGUGCCGUUUCUCGGGGUGCCUGGAAGUACUAUGAUGCCGAUGCUAUGCACGGUCUUCCUAUCGCUGUCCAGGUUGUCGGGCGAAGGUGGCACGAGGAGAAGGUUAUCGGAUGUAUGCAUGCUGUUGAGCGAGCUUUGGAAGAGUACAAGGGCCCGGCUGGUGAGGGUGGGAAGUAUCAGCUCUUGGAAGUUGACUGA